AUGGCUAGUUUUAAUACAGCUUUUAAUUUAUGUUCUAUUACGGACUCAAAGGGCCUUUUAGGAGUUUCUGAAGAUGAUGAAGGAUGCGUUGCUGUGACGUUAGGAAAAAGUAUGAUUAUUCGUUGCCGGCUGUCAGAUCAAAAGCAGCUAAAUAGUUGGAGUUCAACACUUGCAAAAUUAACAUCGAAAGUUGUUUGGGAUCCUGUCGAAGAAAAUUAUGUCGGAGUUUUUGAUAACAUAUAUAUUAAGCAAUGGUCUAAACUAGAUUCAAGUUUAGAAAAAGCUAAAAAGCAUAAAUUUAAAAAUGAAAUUCAUGAAAUAUUAUUAUGUACUAAGGAUGGAAUAGAUAAAAAGCCAAAAUUAAUAGUUUUGUUUAAAAAUGGAUCUAUAAGAGAUUUAGAGUCUGCAGUUAGCAAGAGUAAAGAUGAAAUGAAAGAUGUCAUAAUGCCAGUAGAAACUAUCGAAUCAGCAGAAAUAAUUAUUAAUAGAGAUCAAAAAUAUUUAAUUCUUGUAACAAAAUUUGAAAAUAAAUAUAGACAAUGCUAUUGUGUAUUAUUAAAAAAUGAUUAUACAGUUAGUAAUUCAGUGAAAAAAACAAAACUCAGAAGGCCAGGUACUAGUUUAUUAGGUUUUACCAUAUUAUCUAGGGAAAAGGAAAAUUCAGUUUUAUGUUUUUGUAAGUUUUUACAAAUUUAA